AAGAAAAAUCGCGGCUUUUUUUUUUUUUUUCUGAGACCAGCCGACCGCCGCCGCCGCCGCCGCCGCCACCCCAGGCAGGAUAAGAAUUAACAGCAGUUGUAACGUGCGAUCCACCAGGCCUGCAGCUACCUGCCGGGCUUGGUUUCUCUCAGCUAUCGAGACGCGUCUCUUUCUAAUUCCCCUCUUUUCGCUUAUUAAAAUUCUUCAUCAAAUGGUCCCAUAAGGCUUGGAGAGAGAAAAGAACGGAAGGAAGAGAGCGGUCGCGAGAUAUCGAAUCGAGUGGGGAAGGGGAUUGGAAGGGAUGGAGGUCCGGAACGUGGACAACGCCUCCGCGGCGCCGCCCUCGCCGGCACGGUCUUCGAAGCAGCCCAAGCUGCCGCCCAAAUCCCGUCGACACCACUUCGGUGUCCCAGAGGCUCCACAAGGAAUUGAUGUCUCUCAUGAUGAGUGGAGAUGUAGGAGUAUCAGCCUUUCCUGAAGGCGAAAACAUCUUCUCUUGGAUUGGUACUAUUGAAGGAAGUAAAGGAACUCCAUAUGAAGGUUUAUCUUACAAGCUUUCGUUGCGCUUUCCAUUUGACUACCCUUUUAAGCCUCCCCUGGUUAAGUUUGAGACCCCAUGCUUCCAUCCAAACAUCGAUCAUUGUGGCAACAUUUGUUUAGACAUUCUGCAGGAUAUGUGGUCUUCAGCGUAUGAUUGCAGAACAAUCUUGUUGUCCAUUCAGAGCUUGUUAGGAGAACCCAAUAAUGAAAGUCCUCUCAAUAGCUAUGCUGCGACACUGUGGAGCAGCCAAGAAGAUUACAGAAAAAUGGUUCACAAGCAUUACGUGGAUAUUGCUGAAGUAUUAGAAAGUUGAAUUGCAUACUCUCUUCAAACAUACGUUGUGAUCACUGCAUCAAUUGGCACAUCGUGUUUCUAUAAAAAUUGAACCUUCAAGCACUGUAUACGUGUUUUAUCUCUGUAAAGUUUAGAAGCCUCAUUUGGUUAAUUGGUUUAUAAGCAAACAGUGUAACUGGACAUCCAUCUCUCCUUAUUGAGUCAAAUAAUGUAUGACUCGGAAAAAGCAAGAUGGCGGGAUUGGCGAUUUAGUUGUAUUGCAGCAUUUAUGAUAGAACAACUUGUCACGAAGCUAUUCAUUGUAGCAUUUGUUAGU